AUGCUUAUACUUAACACUGGCCCAUGUGACGAUUCAACUUUUAUUGAUAGUGUGGAAACAGUUAGAAGGCAAGCGGUUGAUGUUUCACUUCUUCUAGUGCAUGUAGAUCAGCUUUCAAAAAUGUUUGGUUGA